AUGACGAACGGAACUUCGAUAAACGACCGCAAGUCCAGAAAGCGAGAGCUCGAUCGUAAAGCGCAGCGAUUGGCUCGUCAGCGAACAAGAAGUCGUAUGGCCCACCUCGAAACAUUGGUGGCCAACUUUCAAGAGACUGACUCUGAUGCUCGCUUCUCAUCUCUGAACGAACAACUAUCCAAGUUGAUCGGCGAGCGAGACGGACUCAGAAAUCUUUUGGAGUCUCUUGACUUUACCAUCCGAAGUCAUCUUGACGAGGCCUCUGCGAAAAAGCCCUUGCUGUCCUCUGCGAUUCGCAAAGAUGGCGGAGCGCAGUCUUUGCGAAGCCGGCUAGAUGUGCCAGACUGGCAAGAAAUCCCUGGGAAUGAGGCUUUCGACACCGCUGCAUCAAUGAACAGCAGUGACGAUGUUCAGGCCUGGCAUGAUCCAGAGUCUCUAGAUUUGGAUUCUUCUCUAUUCCGGCUAUCUCCUCUAUUCCCGGACUUUCUCAGCACCAUGGUCCCCCAGAUUGGUCUACCAAAAUGCGAGUGUAUGCUCGGCACGAGGGUUAACAUUUGGCGCCAGUUCAAUCAUCUCUACCAGUCACUGGCCAACAUAGACCUAGCAGCGGAAGACCGAGAGAGCGAAGAUUCCAUCAUUCGCGCCGUGCUGUACGGGUGGAAUAGCGUCACUGCAGCGGCACGAGAGCUAAACACCUGCCGUAUGCUUCGUAGCAUAGACGAGCUUUCAGGGUUGAAAUCUAGUACCACCGAUCGGCUGGCCAUGUUGAGCUUGAUACGCCUUAUGCUAGUGAGCCAAAGGAGUCCAAGAAAAGCCGCGCUACCGCGUUGGCUCCAGGCCAGGCCAUCUCAGAACCUCCCCCAUGCAAUCGCCAUCGACUUUGUCUUCUGGUGCGAGACCCUUGCCAGCCCAGCCCAGCCCAGCCCCGCUCUGUCUGCUUCAUAG